ACAGAGCACUUAUAAAGUCAGCACUGACACAACACGUUAGAUGUCCAAACGCUGCUCAAUGCGCAUUAGUAAGCUACUAGUUAUUUACUAGUCUCUUUCGCUGCCUCUUGACUAAUGGCGAGUAUUCGUAAGAAGUUGGUGGUGGUUGGGGACGGGGCAUGUGGAAAGACGUGUCUGUUAAUCGUCUUCAGCAAAGAUGAAUUUCCAGAGGUUUACGUGCCCACUGUGUUUGAAAACUAUGUGGCGGACAUCGAAGUGGAGUCCAAGCGAGUUCAGCUGGCUUUAUGGGACACAGCGGGACAGGAGGACUACGACCGCCUGCGACCUUUGUCCUAUCCGGACACUGAUGUUAUCCUCAUGUGCUUCUCGGUGGAGAGCCCGGACUCUCUGGAAAACAUCCCGGAAAAGUGGGUGCCGGAGGUGAAACACUUCUGUCCUAAUGUGCCCAUCAUUUUGGUGGCGAAUAAGAAGGAUUUGCGGAGCGAUGAGAAUGUGAGAAGUGAGCUGUCGAGAAUGAAACAGGAGCCCGUGAGGACUGAGGACGGACGCGCCAUGGCUGCGCGCAUCGGAGCGCACGAUUACAUGGAGUGCUCUGCCAAAACCAAAGAAGGGGUUCGGGAAGUGUUUGAAACCGCUACACGAGCCGCCUUAAAGAAAAGAUCCAGACCGGCCCCUGGCUGUUUGAAAUGUUGCCAAUUGAUGUGAAUUUUAAUGAUGCUGAAAAGUCAUUAACAUAUGGCACAACACAAUGGUGAUGGUUCAUGAACCACCUUUAGAGAGGUUCGAACCUAUAACCUUUCAGUUGUCAGUCAAGAACCUUAACCAUUAAGCUAGGCAAUGCCAGAAAAGUUUGAAAAUUUGGUGUUUGCUUUUGUGGCAUGCUUGCAGAUGACAUUUCACAGAAAGCACUUUAGUGUUUAUGUAUUGUAUCUAAUGAGUUCAAUAUUCCAAAGCUUUUUAAAGUCACAAGAUCCACCUUACAGAGGAGGUCCAGACUGGCCACUGGCUGUAGAACUGUAGCUGAAUGACAUUAUGGCACAGUGGGAAUGGUUCAUGGACUGCCCAUUUAGGCGUUCCAACCUACAGACUUUCGGUUAUAAGCCGAAAACUCCAAAUGCAGUACUGUGCAAAAGUUUUAGGCACUUGGGAAAAAUGUUGCAUGGUGAGGAUGUCUUCAAAAAUAAUGCCAUAUAUAGCUUUCAUUUAUCAAUUAACGUCAUACAAAGUCCAGUAAACAUAAAAAAGGCUAAAUCAAUAUUUGGUGUGACCACCUUUGCCUUCAAAACAACCCCAAUUCUCCUACUUACACCUGGACACAGUUUUUCUUGGUUGUUGGCCGAUAGGAUGUUCCAAGCUUCUUGGAGAACUGGCCACAGUUCUUCUAUCUAUUUAAGCUGUCUCAAUUGCUUCUGUCUCUUUAUGUAAUCUCAGACUGACACAAUGUUCAGUGGGGGGCUCUGUGGGGACCAUGCCAUCUGUUGCAGGGCUCCCUGUUCUUCUAUUCUAUUCUAUUUGCAGAAGUAAUGUUUGGGAGUCUAACAUUUAUAUUUCCUAUUGACACACUAAAGCCGAAAAUAUAAAUAAUCAUCUUAAGACAAAUGCUUUUGUGAAACAUCUUAUGUGCCUAAGACAUUUGCACAGUACUGUACAUUUUUGGGUAUGUUCACCGAAGAUUUAUUUUUAUUUUUUUUGUAAGUGUAUCCAUUAGGAUCUUUUUUCAUUCCUUUAGGACUGGUUCCAAAUCAUGAUAGAAAUUCCAUUUGCAUUCCUUAAAAAAAUUUUUUUAACUAGAGAGAAUCAUAUAGACCAGAUCUGACUACAUAAAAAAGGGAUAAAUGAAUUAAUUUCACCAUGUUUAUGUUGAUGUGCUGUACUGAUACAUGUACUCUCUCAAAACUCGAAAGUUCACCUGUGCUCUAUAUGACAACUGAACCAGUGUUGAACACAAUUUUGCUCUGUUAGUAUUUGCUGUAAAUAUUGCACUGUUAUGGAAAUGAUGUCCUGUCGUGCCAUUUUUUUCUGUUUAUUUAAAGUUUCAAAAGGCAUACAUUGGUGAACAAUAACUGAAAGAGAGCAGAUCAACUUUUCAACUUUUCUUAAUAUAACAUGUCAUAUUUAUUUGUCUGUGAUUAGGCAGGGACCAAUUACUGGAUGUGUCUUGUUCAGUUUAUUAAAUGUGUUGAACUGGCCUCAACUGAACCAUUUUGAAGAUGUUCGACAUUUGUAAGAAUUAUUUAAUUCUGAUUAAUGUGACAUUUGCUGCUUUCACGUAUUUAUGGGAAAUAUAAAUUGGUGCUGGUGCACUUUUUAUCAACUGUGGCAAGUGAAUAUUUUUCUCCUUCUUUAGGCAUUACUUUUUGAUCCAAGUUAUUUGAAUCUAUGGGCAGGUUUGCUUGUGAAUGACACUUGUAAAUAAAGAUCUAUUUUAAAAUAA